CGCAAAGACACUCGCGAAGCUACAUCGAUCAUACUUAUCAGACCUAACCUAACACAAGGCUACUGUUCAAAUCACCAUGCAUUUCUUCACCCUGCUCCUCCUGGCCUACGCCGCCCUCACCGCCGCCGUGACCUGCGACGUCCGCGGCCAGGUCCACAACUACUUCGACUGCUUCAAGUGCCCCGCCCUGGCCUGCGGGUACAGCAAGCGCACCUUCAUCACCAAGGGGCUCACCCGCGACGUCAGCUGUCUGUGGACGGACGGCGAGCGGUACAAGGGGAUCAACAACUGGUACUAUGUCCCGGCCGACAAGUGCUAUAUCUGGGGUGGACGGAUUGAUACCAAGCACUGCAAGGGAAUCUCCAAAAUCCCCAAGUGCGAGCCCUGCACGCCUCAGCCUGGCCCGCCGCUGCCUCUGCCCGUGGCCCCUCCUCCGCCGGCUGCUGCUGCGGCGGCGGCGGCUGGGGUCAGUGGUGGUAGUCCGGGUGGUCGACGGGAUGUAGAGGUGGAGAGAGACGUGGAGGUGGAAAGGGACGUGGAGGUGGAGUUUGAGGCGUAAGCUGAUGUGGGGAGGGUUGUGAGGGAGUAUGGUGGACGUAGGCAGGGGAAGUGCUUUGUAGGGUUGAUGGU